UUCUGUCACAGUCGCGCCCUCCCACGCCUAAUCGCCCCUGCCCCUCUCACCAAGCACCUCAACACCAUCCUCGCACCCGCGCCGGAAGAGACUUGCAGGUUGCCGGGCCCUCGCGCACGCAGAUAUCUCCUCUCCCUGAAAGGGUUCUGGGCCGCAGCCCUUCCCGGCCGGCGCGCGCCGGUCCGCGGGCGGGCGUCAGCGGCGCCGUCUGCGCCUGCGCCUGCGCCUGCGCGCCAGCGCCCGGGGACGGGCGGGGGGAGAAGAAGGGGCCGGCCUUCGAGCGACAGCGACGCAAGAUGGCAGCCACCACGGGCUCGGGAGUAAAAGUCCCUCGCAAUUUCCGACUGUUGGAAGAACUCGAAGAAGGCCAGAAAGGAGUAGGAGAUGGCACAGUUAGCUGGGGUCUAGAAGAUGACGAAGACAUGACACUUACGAGAUGGACAGGGAUGAUAAUUGGGCCUCCAAGAACAAUUUAUGAAAACCGAAUAUACAGCCUUAAAAUAGAAUGUGGACCUAAAUACCCAGAAGCACCCCCCUUUGUAAGAUUUGUAACAAAAAUUAAUAUGAAUGGAGUUAAUAGUUCUAAUGGAGUGGUGGAUCCACGGGCCAUAUCAGUGCUAGCAAAAUGGCAGAGUUCGUACAGCAUCAAGGUCGUUCUGCAAGAGCUACGGCGCCUAAUGGUGUCUAAAGAAAACGUGAAACUCCCUCAGCCGCCGGAAGGACAGUGCUACAGCAAUUAAUCAAAAAGAAAACCACAGCCCCCAUUCGAUUUAAGCAGUCUUCAUUUUCCACCGUAGUAAAUUUUCUAGAUACAUCUUGUAGACUCAGAGUACUGGAAAGGAAGCUUCCAUUCAAAGGCAGUUUAUCUUAAGAUACUGUAAAUGAUACUAAUUUUUGUCCAUUUGAAAUAUAUAAGUUGUGCUAUAACAAAUCCUCCUGUCAAGUGUAACCACUGUCCAUGUAGUUGAACUUCUGGGAUCAAGAAAGUCUAUUUAAAUCGAUUCCCAUCCUGACCGGUGGGCACAUCUAACUCAACUGUGAAAAGACACAUCACACAACCACCUUGCUGCUGAUGACUUGGCCGGGGGCUCUGCCUUCUCCCUCUCCUGCCUCCGCCCACCCUGGGACAGCCCCCGCGAGAGGCCUGCUAGAGCAGAGCAAAGGUGGCAGGUGGCACCUGGGGACUGCGCUGGGCAGGCUGCUUUGCCUCACCUGGUCACCUUUAAGUCUUAAACGCUCCCCUUCCAAGCCAUGGUCCCCCACUCUCCGCUGCCAUCCUUGGCCGAAGCAUAGAUUGUAACCCUCCGUCCCCUUUGAAAUUGGCCUUCGCAAGGAAUUCAGGGCUCCCUCCCCCACCUGAUGGAGGGGUGCUGCUUUCCCUCCUCCUCAGCCCCUGUCCACUGGCACCACCCGCGCUCUCCUCCACUGUCCUGGCCUUGGCCAGAGCCCUGGGUCAGCUCGGAAAGCCCCUGACCUCCCUCCUCCACUCCUGGAACCACCACCAUCCCCUCUCCACCAGCCUGGGCAAGGAGCUGUGGCUCUUGGGCCUAAGCUCUGCUGUCACCCUCAGCCCAUGCGUCUGGCCCAGUCCUAAGGUGGACAGGGCAGCCACCAGGGUUUCCCAGAUCUGCCAGCUCUCAUAGUCCCUGCUGGCUAGACCUGCAGAAAGGCCACUUGAAGACACUCGUGAGCACACAGGGUCCCUCUGGAUUUUUCCUUCUCCUGUAAUGACUUGGCUUGCAGACGGUGAAGAGGGGUGACCAGGGCUCCUGUCAGGGUCCCCUGCCAUCCACGUGGGUCCAGUGCGGAAUCUGACAACUGGAACCAGAGAAACCUGGACCCAGCGCACAGGCUGGUUUUGGUGCCGCUGCCUCCCAGGUGCUCAGCAGGGACUGAGGAGGAGCCGGUGUGCACAGCAGGCCCUGGAGUCUGCGGCCCGGCUUCCUGGCACGUUGCUGCGUCUCCCACUUCCCGUUCAGGACCACUAAAUGCUGAAAUGCGGAUGCAUAACGAAAUAAAGGCAAUUCAUGGUGUUCUGAAGGGUUUUUUUUCUCCUUUGUGUAAAACCACCUUUCGAAGCGGCAACUAUCAAGUCUGAAAAGCAAUUCAUGUUCCCAUUAAUCUAUUUCUGGGGGAAACCUCAGUUCUAAGGAUUUAACAUCCUGUACGUAAAGUUUAACGUAACAGUAUUCCAUAAGCAGCCUUUUUAUUGUCAGACCAUUGCCUGAUUUUAAUAUAAUAAAAAGUGUGCAUUAAUAUUUAA